AACAUUACUAUAAAACCGUGACAUUUCCCAACUGAGCCGCUCAUUCUUUUUGUGACGGCCGGUAAAAGAAAGGACAGAGCCAGGAAACGAUGCAGAUAUUCGUGAAAACCCUCACCGGCAAGACCAUAACUCUCGAGGUCGAGAGCAGCGACACUAUUGAUAAUGUCAAAGCCAAGAUCCAAGACAAAGAAGGAAUACCACCGGACCAACAGCGUCUCAUCUUCGCCGGAAAACAGCUCGAAGAUGGCCGGACCUUGGCUGACUACAACAUCCAGAAAGAAUCAACGCUUCAUCUAGUAUUGAGGUUGAGAGGUGGAAUCAUUGAGCCUUCUUUGAUGGCUUUGGCUCGCAAAUACAACCAAGACAAAAUGAUUUGCCGCAAGUGUUAUGCUCGCUUGCAUCCCAGAGCUGUGAACUGUCGAAAGAAGAAGUGCGGUCAUAGCAAUCAGUUGAGGCCCAAGAAGAAGAUCAAGUAAACUACGAGUGGGGUUAUAAUACCUGCUUUAAAAGCAUUUGAAUAUCAGACUUGGAAAAUUUUUCCAUUUAGUUUUUGCUGAUCUGUUUUGUUGACAUGUGAUGUCGGGAUUUGGCAAUUGAUGAAGAUUUUGAGUUUAAAUUGAAGUUCAAUUUUAUGUUUGACUACGCUAGGU